UUGUUUUUAGACGAUUGGUUUGACACAACUGGAAAAAGCGAUGACAAUGAGUCCAACACACCAGAGUCAGAUCUAGAAGAAAACGUUCAUGCCAUUGUCCAUACCCUCUCAAAGAAAGAGAAAAGAAAAAAGAAAGAAUCAGAUGAGAUCAUGGAAUUGAAGAAAAGUAUGGAGGUCAUGAGGAAGCGCUUAGAAAAAGCAGAAAAAGCAGCCGAGAGAGAAUAUACGUACGUAGAAGGUGAUAAUGAAAAUGAUGAUGACGAUGUUGAUAUGUCUGUACAGAAAAGUGAAAAUACAAGUGAAGAGAUAAGGAAAACACAUAAGAUCUUAAGCCAUGGAAAGAUUCUUGCUAACAAGAGAAAAGCUGAAAGAAAAAGGAAAAAGAUGUUAGCCUGUGUGAACAAGUAUGUCGGGCCUCCCGGUACUAUAAAAGAGCGCAAAACUGGCGUUAUUGACUACAGAAAAGUAUAUGACAUUAAAUGCCCGGUUUGUUCAGUUGUAUCUAGCAGACUCUACCAGCAUUUAAUGCUUCAACACAAAUUUUCGGAUAGGGAAGCAAAACUAAAAGAGUCAGAAGUCAGGGUGAUGUUUCUUUGGUCAAAAAAGGAAAAGCAUGGUAUCCCAAAACCGUUGCCUUGCGCAAUCUGUGGAGUUUGGCACCUGCGUCUUCGUACCCACCUGAAAAGGAAACACAAAUUUGAAGGAUCAAAAAUCACAGAAAUUUUAGAAACUGCGCGAAAAGAAAAUUGGGCUAACGAAGGAUGUUUGGAAAAUAAAGCCAAACUAGUCAAGACAGCCAAUCAAAAGGCGAAAAAACGUACGAAAUGUAAUAGAGAAGAAUUGAUUAAUACUGGGAGAACGAUUAAGUAUCUGCCAGAUAAUGCAAAGGAAGUAAAUGCAUCUAACAAAGCAGAUUGGGAUAUUGAAGGAGAUAACUUUCUCAUGUAUUAUGAAACCGGAGAGGAGUUGCUAGAAGCUUUUAAAAGUAAAGUGGAAAAGAAGAAAGGAGCUGUUAAGGCAAAGAGGUACAGACAGCAUGUGGAGUACAUAUGGACUAUUAUCGAUCCCAACAUGGCAGUGAUACCAGCCAGUGCAUUUGCAAAUUGCUUGCUUGUUGAAGAUAAAUACCACGAUCCAACUUACCGCUUGAUUGGUAAAGGAGGAAAUGAGGCUUCCACUCUAAGGGUUAGAUACGUCGCUUUGAGAGCAUUUAUUAGAUUUUUACGUCGUCGCCAUGUCUAUGGCGGCAUUACCCGUGAUCAAAUGACAGCUUUGUCGGAAUAUAUCGAUGAAUGGAACGCUGAUUUUACUGAAUCCAUUGCCCAGCGUAAAACUGACAUUAGACGAAUUAAGAUUAAACGCUUAAUGACUCCUACCCAUAUGAUUAAAUAUGGCCGAUCAAAUUUUGUGCAGGGUCUUGUGAAAAGUAUUGAAAGGGUCGCUAAGUCUGAGAAACCUACAAAACGGUUUUGUCAGCAGGUUAGAGACUAUCUGAUUACUAACUUGUGCAUAAUGAAUGGGUUGAGAUCAUCAAACCUGAUAGAACUCAGGGUUUCGGAUGUCCAGGAAGCGCACACUAGCGAAGAAUAUCCUGGAUACAUGGUGUUUACUAAUUCCCGUUAUAAAACAUCCACAAUAUAUGGUGAAAAGGUCAUUGUCUUGCCUAAAAACGUGUUUGAACAUCUUAAAUACUAUGUCAAAGAAAUAAGGCCUGUUUUGAAUCCCACAACAAAUACUUAUUUAUUCAUUUCAUCAGAUACAAAUCAACUGUCGCACGCUACAAUUGGCAGUAGCCUGACGUCAUCUUUCAAAAAUGCGGCGGUAUUUGGCAAACACGAAUAUGAUAGAGUAAGUCCUACUCGAAUAAGAUGUGCAUGCGCAACAUUCGGGUGUAAGGUUGAUGGAAUUGACAGUGGUUAUUUCGCAAAGCACUUUAUGAAAAAUAAAGAGGAUACCACAAAUAUCCAUUACAAUUUGUAUUCAAAUCAUAGAGAGGCAUUAAAACUUGCUAUGAUGAUGGGUAAUACAUUUGAAGUUGGUGGAGUUACGCAAACGUUAAAAAAAGAAGAUGUUGAAAAAAUUACAUCUGCAAUCUUAAAGAAUGAAAAAGUUAUGCCCUGUAAAGAUGAUGUUAUCGAGUGGGUAAGCAAAAACAAUAGCCUGGAACCAAAGGAAUUGUCAGAUUUUAUGGAUAUUUUGGAAGAGCUGGAAGGGGAGACCAAUAGAAUUGAUCUUUUCUACAAUAAAAAUGGAGGAAAUGUAAAGAAAAAGGAUGCUAAAAAGUCUGUUGCUGUUCCAAAGACAACACUUAAAACGUAUCCAAAGCGAAAACAAAAGCCACCUAAAGGGAGUUGUUUAGUAUUACAGCAUCAGUAUGGUGAAGACUCUAUCGGAAGCAAUUCAAGCAAUAAUGAUGACUCGAGUGAAGAGGAUGACAAUUCUAUUUGCGAAUUCUCUGCUGAAAGUUUAAAUGAAAUUUCUGACGAGAACUUGCAAACAAUGUCAGAAGUUGAUGACUGUGAAGUGGAGAACCAUCCUUUAAAAGAUAGUUUGGACGAGAAAAUUGCGAAAUAUGAAACAGUAAAGAAAAACGACCUUGUGAAAGGAAGAAAGCACUGCAGGACCAUGUUUCUCGGUCUUACGUAUGUAUGUGAAGAAUUAAUGAAACGCAAAGAUUAUGAUAACGUGUCAAAAACGAAAACAUUUACAGCAAACGAAGUAAAAAGAUGCAUUAGCAAAAACGAAAAAAUGAAAGAAGCGUGCAAAGGAAAAGACGCCGACUACUGGAAAUAUUUAGUUUUAAAUAUGCGUGAGAAAUACCAAAGAGCUAUGAAAAGGGAAGAAUACUGCAAAUGUCGUCAGUGGUUAAAUGAAGCAAAGGACAUGAUGAAUCACUGGAAUACUUAGUGCCGUUUUGUCAUUAUUAUAUGGCACAAACCGUGAUGCAUUCAUCAAGCGCCCCAC